GGCACGAGGAGGCGUUUUACAGGGGGACCACUUCAAAUCAGCGACUGUUUGCUCCAACUACUUCUUCUUUGUGAUUUGUUUUUCUGCUCACUUCCCUACAAAGUUCUCGGAUUUCUUUUUUUUUAAUUAUUAUUAUCCAUUGAACUGUCGCUGCCGUUCUCCGGAAGCGAUGGCCAGCUCGGGACUGCAGCUCCUCGGCUUCCUGCUGUCACUGGUCGGUCUGGCUGCCACCGUGGCCGCUACCUUCAUGGUCGAAUGGAAGAAACAGUCGCAGGGCAAAGCGCACCGCAUCUACGAGGGCUUGUGGAUGAGCUGCAGCGGCAACGAGAGAACCACCUGUGAAUUUCACCAGUCCCUCCUGAAGCUGCCCACGGAGGUCCAGGCGACCAGGGCCGUGAUGCUGCUCAGCAUCUUCCUCUCCACCGUGGCAGUGUUGGUCUCCACAGUGGGAAUGAAGUGCACCCACUUCAUGGACGGCAAGCCUGAGAGCAAAGCCACAACUGCUGUGAUCGGAGGGAUCAUGUUCAUGGUUGCAGGCUUAUUGACGCUCAUCAUAACCUCAUGGUAUGUCACGAUGAUUGUUCAGACCUUCCAUAAAUCUCACCGCCUGGAAAGCUUUGAGUUUGGUAAGGCGGUGUUUGUCAGCUGGGCUGGUGGCCUCCUCGCUAUGGCCGGUGGUGCUUUCCUGAGCUGUCGGAGGUGCUCGCGGUCCUCUUCGAGCGAGUCCAUAAGCGCAAACCACCUCUUCCCCAACAGCAGCCAAAAGUCCAACUACGUCUAGCGGAGGAGAGCUGGGGUGGAGGCCUUGAUACAGUCAGUCCAACGGUGAAUUUUACAGACUGGUGCAGGUUGUUGUUUCAGCGCUGAGGAAAUGACCAGGCUCAUGACUUUGAGUCCCAUUUUUUUUAGCUUGUUUGUAGAAUUUUUUUUAACGCUGUAUGCAUCUUUGUUUGGUAUCUGGGUGCCAUCUUUCAGCAAUAUCUGCUGCUGUCAGCUGUUUUUUUUUCCAUUCAGACAAAUACAAAUAAACAAUCAGUUUUUAAAUUGCUUCAGUUUACACACAAUGAGCUUUUACAGGCAGUUUGUUUAAGUAUGAAAUCAUGAUUUUGCUCUUCACAAACAGCAGUGAAGAACACUUGUUGUAUGGUAAUAGUUUACAGAGUCGACGUACAGUUUUGACCCUCUAUAGUAAGAUUUCUGUACUCAUACAGUUUACCUUGGCAGACAAAUCAUCCCCUUCACCUCCUCAGUUUCACACUGGUGUUAAUAUAGAUGUGUUUGUGUAUAUUGUUUUUAUAUGACUGAAGUUUUCUAUUUCAUUUUUAUGUGCCAGUUUGAAAGACGUAUGUAUAUUUUUAAAAGAAAAAUAAAAGGAAUUUGUUUUCUGUAUAUUAUUAUAUUACACACUGUAUUAAACUUCUUUUUUUCUGUAACUCCAGAGGUCAUCAUGUUGACAUGUUACAUUCUCAUCACUGUAUUUUAUAUAAUGAUAACAUCCACACUGUAUUGGCUUUUGUAUGAUACAUGAUAUAAUAAAUUAUGAUAUUUUUCUGUGAA